AUGGCGGACGAUCAUCACAAGGAUGAGGCUUAUCUCUCAGCCGUCAUCGCAAAGCGUAUCAAACUCUUCCAAGAACACCAAGCCAAGCAGCUCGCGCAGCGACAGUCUCUGCCACACGAUCCUAUCAAAAUUACAAUUAAAGAUGGUAACAACGUGAAAGAAGUGAAAGAAGGAAAUAGAUGGCAGACCAUUCCAAUGGAUGUGAUUUCUAGGGAUUUGGCAAAUCCAGCGCUGGUUUGUUCGGUUAAUAAUGUCCUCUGGGACCUGAAUAGGCCACUAGAAGGUGAUUGUUCGCUUGAGUUUUUCAAAUUUGACAGCGAGAUAGGACGUGAAACUUUCUGGCGUUCUAGCGCCCAUAUUCUCGGCCAGGCUCUUCUGGAGCAGGAGUAUAUGUGUAAGCUAUCUGAGCCCUGCAAAGCUUUAGAGGAGGGUUUCUAUUAUGAUGCAUUCUAUGGCGAUCUUGGCUUAAACGAGAAGGAGCACUUUGCAAAAAUCGAAGCAGCUGCUGCAAAAGCGGUGAGGGGAAGGCAACCAUUUGAAAGGAUUCAAGUGACCAAGGAAGAGGCUCUCGACAUGUUUUCUGAUAAUGAGUUUAAGGUUGAACUCAUCAAUGACUCAAAGGAAGAGAUCAUUACAGUCUACAGAUGUGGUAACUUGGUCGAUUUGUCUAGUGGACCACAUAUACCAGACACUUCCUUUGUCAAAGCUUUCAAGUGUUUGAAUGCAUCAGCCGCUUACUGGAAAGGUAACAGAGACCGGGAGAGCUUGCAGAGAGUCUAUGGGAUAUCUUUUCCGGACAAAAACCAACUCAAGGCUUAUCUUCAGUCCAUAAAAGAAGCGAAGAACUAUGACCACAGAGUAUUGGGAAAAGAUCAGAAACUUUUCUUCUGUGACCAACUCAGCCCAGGGAGUUGGUUCUUCCUCCCAUAUGGCACUCGCGUGUAUAACAAGUUAAUGGAAUUCAUCAAGAAAGAAUAUUGGAAAAGGGGUUACUCAGAGGUCAUGUCACCAAACAUGUACAACAUGAAUCUCUGGGAAACAUCCGGACAUGCUGCAAACUACAAGGAAAAUAUGUUUACAUUUGAUAUUGAUAAACAAGAAUUCGGGCUCAAACCUAUGAACUGCCCUGGUCACUGCCUGAUGUUCAAAUACAUGGCAAGCUCAUAUAAAGAAUUACCCAUAAGACUGGCUGACUUUGGAGUGUUGCAUCGAAAUGAGGCAAGUGGAGCUCUUAGUGGGUUGACCCGUGUCCGACGCUUCCAACAGGAUGAUGCACACAUAUUCUGUACAGAGAAACAGGUUAAAGAAGAAGUGAAAGGCGUGUUGGAUUUCGUUGACUAUGUCUACACAAUAUUUGGCUUUACCUAUGAGAUAAAGCUUUCAACGAGGCCAGAGAAGUACCUUGGGGAUUUGGAAACAUGGGAUAGAGCUGAAGAAUCUCUUAAAGAAGCGCUACUAGAAUCUGGAAAGACAUUCGAUGAGAACAAAGGAGACGGUGCAUUUUAUGGCCCAAAGAUAGACAUAACAGUUUGUGAUGCAAUGAAAAGGAAGUUCCAGUGUGCUACUUUACAGCUUGAUUUUCAACUACCGGCUCGCUUCAAACUGGAAUACAAAGCUAAGGAUGAAGGCAAAGUGGAGAGACCUGUGAUGAUACAUAGAGCAGUGUUGGGAUCUGUUGAGCGUAUGUUUGCCAUAUUGUUGGAGCAUUACAAAGGAAAAUUGCCCUUCUGGCUUAGUCCGCGCCAGGCCAUAGUUUGCUCUUACUCAAACAAUAAAGAUAUUCUUGAAUACGCAGACAAGGUUCAAAAACAAAUUCAUGAAGCUGGGUACUAUGUUGAUGUUGACAAAAGUGACAGACACGUGCGUAAAAAGGUGGCAGAGGCUCGGGCUGCAAUGUACAACUACAACUACAUACUAGUCGUAGGUCCCGAAGAGGCUACAACCGGAAAGGUGCCUGUUCGGUUGAGAGAGGACCCUCCAGGCAGGAAAGACUUUCCAAAAUUGAGCAUCAACGAUUUGCUGGAUGAAUUCAAGCUCAAGACUGCCAACUUUCUCUGA